AUGCCGCCGUAUAUCUCGGAAGAGAUUAUUCAUGCGUUUGUCAACCGCACUCAACAGGCCCUUCAAGAACUCCUUCGGGCUCAAAAUGCCUUCACGACGGAACCGAACGCACCGACCCAUGGCGCGUUCGUCUUGGCCGUCGCGGAGGUCCGACGAUUACUACGCUUUAGCGAGACCCUGCGUUUGAGGCCGGGGCAGCCGCAACCCCCAACAGCGGCCCCCACCUCCCAGUCGGGGCUCAAGCCCCACAUCGCGAUCCCGUCCGCGUGGCUUUUACAGCUUGACCACCACUGUCAGGCGCUGCGCCGUGGGCUAUCCCGCUCUCUGGGCCUUCUGGAAGGGGCGACGCCCCCGUUGGACGACGCCGCAGAGGCCCGCCACGCCCUCUUCCACACCCGCGCGAUGCUUCUUAGCGAGCUGGAUAAGGUCGAGGCCACGGUGCGGCAGCUCACGACAACUGCCGAGACGCUGAGCCUCGUACAGCACUCGCUGAGGGAGGUCCACGCCGGGAUGGCCCACGCCCAGCAGCUCCUCCGCCGCCUUCUCAGGGUCCAAUCAAGGGAUGAUCUGCUGUUCAAGCUAUCCGUCGUUGUGUUUGGGGCUGUGGUGCUGUAUAUUCUACUGCAUCGUGUGUUUCGUCUGUUCCCUGUCAUAACCUAUGUGACAGUGGAGUUGAGUUAA